AUGCCCCUCCGACAAUCCCUCUUGAGUUUCUACAGGGCUCACACCUCGAAAGGCGAGAGCGUGACUCAACCCCCUCCGCUGCCCAGGGCCCGACCGACGUUGACCCGGCCAGCCAGCCCUACACUGUCCGAUACACUGUCCGACAGCGAUCCAGACACCAUCGUGGUGUUGUCGUACCCGCUGACCCAACUGCCUACGCCGUCGGAAAGCUCCCUGGACGUGUCAAUACAAGAUGCCCGGGCCGUGAGUAUGAAGCAAGUCCCCAAAGGCAGAGCACGACGCGUCAGUCGGCGUCUGACCCGCAACGAAAGCCAGAACGGGCUCAUUGAAGACGUGGGGGACGAAAGCGCCAAAAGCAGAACUGUCAGUGGCGAAACUCUGGUCAACAUCGAUAAUGCAAGCCAGUCGACCUUGGUGAAAGAAGGUAUUGCUGCUUUGGAUCUCACCUGGAACAUGACCCAGCUGUUUGCGCAGGAAGACAAGGCCACGGACGCUCUACAGGCUGAUGUUUAUGAUGGACUAAAGCUACAGGAGGAAAAGGCCGCCGCCAAAAAAGCAAAGAUGGAAGAAAAUAGCCGGCAAUGGGAAGAACGACGCAAGGCGGCGGAGAAACAAGCUAGCCGUAGAUCCUCGCGGAUUCCAGGGCUUGACAAGGCGGGAGAAAUUGUGUCCAACAUUGCGAACAGUGUGCUUGGAAAGAGGAAAGAGAGGGCACCAGAGACGACGAGUGGAUCGAGGAAGAGUAUGGGCAGCAUCGCGUCCUCUUCUCUUCGCGAGCCUGCCCUGAAGAAGCGACGCGUCAGCGAGGGGGCCACGCCCUCCUUCGAGGAGCCCGCCCAGAAGGAAGCACCCCGGCAACGACAGAAGAAAUGGCUGUCAUCGGGACUGUAUGCCGGCCAGUCUAGGGCAUUUGAAGGGCGACUCAGCGAAAGCAAGAACAGACGGAAGAGCGCCGACACGGCUCAGACUGUGGGGGAGAAUAAGACGCUGCCACUGCCCAUGUAUGCGGGAGAACGGUUGUUGCAGCAAGGCCGGGAUUUCAAAUUGCCCUUUGACAUUUUCUCUCCCCUGCCGGCCGGUCAACCCAAACCGGACGAGUGGAGAAAGGUCAACAAGAACGUGUUUGUCGGCGAUGCCGCACAGGCGUGGCGAGUGUCGAAGUACGAAGAGCAAUCAAGCUGCAUGUGCAGGCCCGAGACGGGGUGCGAUCACAACUGCAUGAAUCGCUGUAUGUUCUACGAGUGUGACGAACGCAACUGCAACCUCACGGCAGACCAAUGUGGAAACCGACAGUUCGAAGUGCUUCGCCAGCGGGCCAAAAAGGGCGGCAAAUAUAACGUCGGCGUCGAAGUGAUCAAGACGGUGGACCGAGGGCACGGCGUUCGAAGCAACCGAACGUUCGACCCCAACCAGAUCAUCGUGGAAUACACAGGAGAAAUCAUCACUCAGGAAGAAUGCGAACGCCGAAUGAAGACCAUGUACAAGGACAACGAGUGCUACUAUCUCAUGCUAUUCGACCAGAACAUGAUCAUCGACGCCACGCGCGGGUCGAUUGCACGAUUCGUCAACCACUCGUGUGAUCCCAAUUGCCGCAUGGAGAAAUGGACGGUCAAUGGCAAACCUCGCAUGGCCCUGUUCGCCGGGGACCGCGGGAUCAUGACGGGAGAAGAACUCACCUAUGAUUACAACUUCGACCCGUACUCUCAGAAGAACGUGCAGGUCUGUCGCUGUGGCGCCUGGAACUGCCGCGGCGUUUUGGGCCCGCGACCCAAAGAGGAGGCCAAGAAGAGCGCGGGCUCUAAAUUGGCCGGGGCCAAGAGAAAGAUUGCGGAGGUGAUCGAGGAGGGCGCCCACCGACUCAGUAAAAAAGCCAAGCUGGCCCCGAAAGCGAAGGUGUACAGGUCGGCCAGCAGCAUCGGCAGCCCGGCCAAGGUGCGCAAGAUCAAGGUGAUGAAGAAGGCGGUGCUUCGGAAGCAGGGCAGCACUCCGUUGGUCGGCCUCACUCGGCAGCCAUCGAAGCUCAGGAAGCUGGUGGCCGAUGCGAAGAGCAAGGGCAAGAGCAGCAAACAGCGAAUUGUGUCGACGACGUCUUCGACCGUCUUGAUCGAGAAGGAGGAUGGGCAUGGGCAUGGGACUGGGACAACAGCGACCAAGCCACUCAGCCGGUCGUCGAGUCUGCGAGACAAGGCGUCGAGCGUCAAGAGUCGGAUGGUGAGAACGGUUCGAGGGGCCCAGAGCGGGCGGAGCCGAACUAUUCGACCGAUCAUGGAUGUGAAUGGGAUGGAUGAAGAGGAAUUAUGA